AUGUUUUACUUGGCAUUUACCAUCAUCCUGCUUGGUCAAUUUCUACCAGAAGUAGUUGUCGCCAAUAGUCUUUUGGAAGCAACUGCAUCCGAAAUUCUUCCACAAUUAAAAUCAAACGACAUAAGACCUAGAGAAUAUGUCCAGCAUCUCAUUCAUCACAUCAAAGCUAAUGAAAAACGUAUUAAUGCUCUAAUAUCGUUUUAUCCUGGCCGAGUUCUUUCCUCAAUCAAGACAACAACAGAAUAUCAGAAGGAACGACAGUGUUUAAAUGGUCUUCCAAUUAUAGUUAAAGACAAUAUUGAUGUACUUGGUUAUCCCACAACGGGUGGUACACCGUCUCUCCGCAACUCUUAUCCAAAACGCAAUGCACCUGUCAUUAGUCGCUUACUCUCAGCCGGCGGUGUCAUUCUUGGAAAAGCUAACAUGCAUGAAUUAGCAUGGAGUAUUACAAGUAAUAACGCAUAUUUUGGUCCUGUUCAUAAUCCAUGGAAUCUAAACUUAAUCCCAGGUGGAAGUAGCGGUGGAUCAGCAGCUUCUGUCGCUGCUCGAUUCGCCCCAAUUGCGUUAUGCACGGAUACAGGGGGACCGGUACCUUCAAGCAAGCCCAAAGUAUCCGAUCCCGUUAUCUCGUGUCCUGAGCAACGUGGCGAGCCCUGA